GAUGGGCGCGCGGGGCGGGCUGCUGCUGUGGCUGCAGCUGUGCGCGCUGACCCGGGCCGCCUACAAAGCCUGGAUCCCCAACACUGACUUCGACGACGCCGCCAACUGGAGCCAGAACCGGACCCCGUGCGCGGGCGGCGCAGUCGCGUUCCCGGCGGACAAGCUGGUGUCGGUCCUGGUGCGGCAGGGUCACGCCAUCUCGGACAUGCUCCUGCCGCUGGAUGGGGAACUCGUCCUGGCCUCGGGAGCGGAAUUCAGUGCCUCAGACACGGGCUCGCACCCGGACUGCAGCGCAGGCGCCCCUGCGCUCUUCCGCGACCCCGACCGCUUCUCUUGGCAUGACCCGCACCUGUGGCGCUCUGGGGACGAGGCACGUGGCCUCUUCUUUGUGGACGCCGACCGCGUGCCCUGCCGCCACGACGACGUCGUGUUCCCUUCCGACGGUUUCCGCGCGGGGCUCGCGGGCGCCGUGCGCGUGCGCAGCGUGUCGGCGCUGGGCCGGACGUUCACGCGCGCCGAGGACCUGGCCGCCUUCCUGGCGUCCCGCGCGGGCCGCCUGCGCUUCCACGGGCCGGGCGCGCUGAGCGUGGGCGCCGAGGCCUGCGCCGACCCGUCGGGCUGCGUCUGCGGCAACGCCGAGGCCCAGCCGUGGAUCUGCGCGGCCCUGCUGCAGCCCCUGGGCGGCCGCUGUCCCCCGGCCGCCUGCCACGACGCCCUCCGGCCCCAGGGCCAGUGCUGCGACCUCUGCGGAGCCAUCGUGUCGCUGACCCACGGUCCAGCGUUUGACCUGGAGCGGUACCGGGCGCGGCUGCUGGACACCUUUCUGGCCUCGCCUCAGUACCAGGGGCUGCAAGUGGCCGUGUCCAAGGUGCCGCGCUCGCUCCAGCUCCGCGAGGCCGACACGGAGAUCCAGGUGGUGCUGGCGGAGACCGGGCCCGAGACGGGCGGCGCGGCGCGGCUGGCACGGGCCCUCCUGGCGGACGUCGCCGAGCACGGCGAGGCCCUCGGGGUCCUGGCGGCCGCCGUGCGCGAGUCGGGCGCGCCUGUCGGGGGCGGCUCCGCGGCGGGGCUCGUGGGCGGCGCAGUGGCGGCCGCGCUGCUGCUGGCGCUGCUGGCGCUGCUGGCGGCGGUGCUGCUGCUACGCCGCGCGGGGCGGCUCAGGUGGAGCUGGCGCGAGCAGGCGGCCCCCGCGCCCGCCGGGGCGCCGCUGGGCUUCCACAAUCCGGUGUUCGACGCGGCGGCCUCCAAGGAGCGGCCCCCUGCGCGGCCUCCCAGCCUGGCCCUGAAGGCGGACACCGCGGGCACCAGCCACAGCUACUUCGUUAACCCGCUUUUUGCCGGGGCCGAGUCCGAGGCCUGAGCCGCCGCCCGUCCCGCCUCGCCCGACCUGCCGGCUCCCCCGCUGCGCCACCCUAACUUCCUCCCCGUCCCCCGCUGAAGGCCAAGGACAGGCCUUGCCCAAUAAAGGGUUCCGUGCACCUGCUGUCAA